AAGGCCGCAAGUAACAGAGCUUUGGCAGACGGCUGCGAAUCCAUUUUGGACGCCAUCUCUGCUGCGAAAAGUUGAAAGAACCUGUUGCUCGUCCCAGUGGCGCUGCCGCUGCGCCCGGCGCUCGCUGUCGGCCGGCCGGCCUCUCGGGCGCGGUGACCGGGCCGCGGGGCGGCGGCCGCGCGAUGCGGCCCCUGGACGCGGACGAGGAGCGGGAGCCCGAGGAGGACUGGGAGAGGCUCCUGAGCCCCGCGCUCGACGCCGCCCGCCGCGACGUCGCCGCCCUCGAGCGCGAGCACGUGCGCGCGCACGUGCGGGCGCGCAGGAAGCUGCUGGAGAUCGAGAGCCUGCUGGACGCCAUCACGAGCGAGGUGGAGGCCUCGGAGGAGCGCGCCCUGGAGCCCGGCCGGAGCCCGGGCGCCGAGGCGGAGCAGAGGGUGAGGAAGCUGUGCGAGAAGGUGGAGAAGAAGGCCGCGGAGGCCGCGCUGAUGGGGCAGCGGAUCGUGGAGCUCCACCGGCAGAUCGACGGCUGCGAGUGCCGCUGAGGGAGGCGGAGCCGGUUAUCCACUGAUGGACUCCGUUCAGCUGGUAAGGAGGACUGUGACUGGAGAGGCUGAAACCAAGAGAGUUUGUCGUUUUCUCUCCCCUAUUUUUCUAUCUACGUUUUCGCCAUGUUGAACAUUACAUUUUCAGUACCAUUCUGGUAGAUGAUUUCAGUAUUAUGUUGUCAUAUGUGGGUUUUGAUUAUGGGGCACAUUCAGUUUGGAAAAGACAGCUUUUAAUUCAAUACUCUCACAUAAAAAAUAGAGCCUAGAUUGUAAGCUGCUGUGUAGUCAUGUUUGUUACUGUGGUUUAAUUGUAUUUUUAAAGUCUGGAAGUAUACUGUAGUGCUUUGCUGUUUUUUCAUUCUUCCUGGAAUUUGGGGGCCCACGAGAGACAUGAGGUCAGAGUUCUGCAAGAGAGAAGACACUACUUGGCUGCAGCUGCUGAAGCGGGAACCCAGGCCCCAGUCGAGGGGGUGGAUGCCACUACUUUGGAUAAGAUUGAGAAGGCCCAGAGGACUCUUGGGCGUGGAGAGUGGUGGUGUAUGAAUUCUGGGAUUCUGCAGUGUCACAUCAAAGGAGGAGACCUGUGUUCUUUUGGUUUUCUGUGUUUAUUUUUUUGAGAAAUGUAGUUUUCCUGUGGUAUGUUAACUGGUGCACAUCAUGUAACUUGUCUGGUGAGUAACCUAGAAUAAGGGAUGAGUUCUAGGUACUACGUGUAUUUGCUGACUCUGGGGUAAA